ACCCCUCGUACAUCGCGAACUACUUGUCGAUCGCGAACCACUCAUCGAUCGCGAACCCCUCGUCGAUCGCGAACCCCUCGUAGAUCGCGAACUCCUCAUCGAUCGCAAACCCCUCGUCGAUCGCGAACACCUUGUACCCCGCGUAGACAUCAUACCCUACCUGAUAUUCCGACACCACAACGUCCUCAGCAAAAUUAUGAACCUAGACCACGCCGUCCAGGUCCAAGAUGUAGGACACAAAGGAACGAACCCGAGAUUCGAAAUGAAGCAAGAGACAAUGAAGGAUUGUCUGAUUCUGAGCCGUGUGCAGUUGGCAUGGUGAAGCAGUAUAAACCAAAAUUAUAUAGGGCGUAUAAAAAGGCUGGAUAUGAUUUAGGAACAGUCACCGCAGAACCGCAUGAACGGUAUGAAAUCGUAGAUGAUAAAGUUUACCUCGGAGAAAAGGUCAAAGUAGGAAAGGAUACAUGGAGAAUAAUGAAACGUAGCAGAAGGUCAAAAUUUUUAAGAGAUCUAGGGAAUGUGUUUUGGACAAAACGAAUAAUAGCGCAUAGAUGCUUAGACCUUUCUAAAUUAAAAAAUAAAAGAUUUGGCAAUCAGCCUAUACAGUUAUUUUCACCGAAGAAGAUAAAUUUAUAUCUUAGUUUAUACUAGGAUUAUCUAAAUACCUCAAAUUAUUAUAACGAAUUAGAUCGAGACGUUAAAGAUAUAUAUAUUAAAAAUGCAACUUCUAGUUUAAGUUUCCACGAAAGAGAUGAAAGACUUUACCAAAAGCCUAAUUAAUAAUGAAGAUUACUUCUGAAGAAACAUUUAUUUUGUACUUUUAUUAAACAAUACACGAUAUUUUUUAUUAAAACUCGAA